CACAAUCCCCAAAGGCUACAACCAAACAAGCCCAGACAAAGGCUAUUUCUACGCGGUUUCCACAGUUAAAAUAAACUUAUUAUCAAGCAAUAAUGAUGUUGAACACGCUUCGCUUCCUCUCCCUCUCUGCUAGUCGGUUACCAAACCCGGCAAAUCGUUUCCAAAACGGCCAUUUGGGAUCUGAGAAGCUUCGUCCCUCUUUCUUGGCUCACUUACUUGACCCUUUUUAAACGCCUGCCCCUCACACACUCCUUAUUCAAUCGGCUUCCCUCUUUCUGGAAAAUCUGAGGUGAAGAAAGAUGGUGAGGUUCAGUAACAACCUGAUCGGCAUUCUGAACAUACUGACGCUUCUGCUCUCUAUUCCCAUAAUCGGUGGCGGAAUAUGGCUGUCCAAUAGAGGCAGUACGGACUGUGAGAAGUUUCUUCAAAAGCCUGUCAUUGCCCUCGGCUUCUUCAUCUUGCUCGUCUCCAUUGCUGGCCUGGUGGGCGCCUGCUGCAAGAACUCUCUGCUUCUCUGGAUAUACCUGGCCGUCAUGUUUAUUCUCAUUGUGCUCUUGUUCUGCUUCACUAUCUUCGCCUUUGUUGUCACCAACAAGGGCGUCGGGCAGGUGGUAGGAAACAGAGGGUAUAAGGAAUACAAGCUGGGGGAUUAUUCACAUUGGCUGCAGAAGCGAGUCAAUAAGGCUUCGAAUUGGAAAAAGAUCAGGAGCUGCGUUUACGAUGCCAAGAUUUGCCAGAACCUCGGAAAGGAUGACGCCGGCAUUUUAGAAAAUGACUUUUACAAUAAACAUCUUACACCGAUUCAGUCUGGAUGUUGCAAGCCCCCAUCAGUGUGCAAUUUCGCAUUUGUUAAUGCAACUGUCUGGAAUGGAAACCCUAAUGGCACUACUGAUUCCGACUGUUACAGCUGGAGCAACAACCAGGACCAGCUAUGUUAUGACUGUAAAUCCUGCAAGGCUGGCGUGCUUGCCAACUUGAAGAAUGACUGGCGCAAGAUUGCAAUUCUCAACAUUAUCAUGCUCAUCUUUUUGAUUAUUGUCUACACAGUUGGGUGCUGUGCAUUCAGAAACAACAGGACGGACAAUGGUGUCUUUGGCUACAAGGCUGGUGCUUAGGGUUUCAUUGUUUCAGAUUUAGAAGGAAGAAAGAUCUGGGGAUUCCCCUGUGGAUUGUUUGUGUUUUUUACUGGUACUGUACAGCCUAGUGCAUACUGAUUAAUUCUUUUUUUCACUAGUUCAGCCUUUUAUAGGGAGAUUCAGAACUUAUCUUUUGUAUGAGACAUAAAUUGACUUAUAUUGACUUAUAUGAUUAUCACUCCAGACAUAUAUUGACUGAUAAAAGUUUGGCCUUUCCUUGUAAAUGAUUCACUUGACCAUUGAAAUGUGGCUUCACUUUACUUUCA